GACACUUGCUAGAUUUGUACUUUUCUUUUGGAUCAUCUUCCGCACUCUAUUAGACAAACAACGCAUAAGCCUGUAGUACAUCUCAAUAAUUGAUCACUCCUUCUAUCAACACUAUCGCUUAAGACAAAACGCCAAAUUAAUCUGCUUGAAUAUGACCACCCACCACCCCCGCGCACUUCCCAUCGUCCUUAUAACCGGCACCCCAGGUACCGGCAAGACUUUGCACUCCCAACUCUUAGUAUCUGAGCUCUCGGAGGCCGAUUCGCCUAUACCCAUGAAACACCUCAACAUUGGAGAUAUCGUCAAGGAACACGGAUUUCAUGAAGGAUGGGAUGAGGAAUGGAAGUGCUGGAUUGUUGACGAAGAGAGAUUGUUAGAUUGGAUGGAGGAAGUUGUGAAUCCAAGAGAUGGACCGGCUGAGACUGGGUUUGUUAUUGAUCACCAUGAUCCCUCGCUUUUCCCCGAGCGAUGGAUUGACCUCGCGGUCGUUCUCACUUGCGACAACGGUAUCCUGCAUGACCGCCUGACCGCACGUAACUACCCUGCCAACAAGAUUUCCGAAAAUAUUACCGCGGAGAUCAUGAUGACUUGUCUCAAUGAAACUCGUGAAUCCUAUGCUGAGGAGAUCGUUGUUCAACUUCAGAGUGAGGGUAAAGAUGAUGGAGAAGUGGAAGAAAAUGUCAGGAGGAUAGCGCAAUGGGCGGAGAACUGGAGACAAAAUCAGCAGGAAGAGGAAUCAUAGACAUGUAUGGGACAUCGAUAAGAUUGAUGGACGCUCGGAUUGUAGAUGGUACCGAUUGCUUGUCCGUGCUUCUUGUAGAAUAUAUUAUGUG